GGAUGGGGAUGGGAUAUGAUGGGAUAUUAUGGGAUGGAUCCAUCCCCAUCACUGUUCCCAUCCCAGGGCUCUCAUGGACGUGCUCAGGCACCAGGCAGGGGGUGUCCGUCCCGAGCGCCGCAGCAGCAGUGGGGUCCUCGCCCCCCCCCCCACCGACAAUGGACCCGUCCGCCCCCCCAAGAGCCUCUAUGGCACCGUCCAGGGCAGCUGGGGGGGGGGCUUAGGGGACCCAGGCCCCCACAACUACGUCCACCUGGGGAUGGGGACCCCCGAGCACCGGGCGGCCACACUGGACUGGCGCUCCCCCCGCCCGGGCUCCUUGGGCUGUUCCCGCUCUUUCCACAACCUCUCGCACCCCCCCCCGCCCUACGAUGGCCCCGCCCCCCCCCGAGCUGGGGAGGUGCACGUCCCUGCGGCGCCUGGGUGAGCCCCGCCCCUCAUUUGCAUACCCACCUCAUUUGCAUAUACACCCUCAUUUGCAUACCAACCCUCGUUUGCAUAACACUCCUCAUUUGCAUGCCCUCCCUCGUUUGCAUACCCAUCCUCAUUUGCAUGUAUACCAUCAUUUGCAUGUCCACAAUCAUUUGCAUAGCCAUCCUCAUUUGCAUACACGUUCUCCUUUGCAUACUGCCCAUAAUUUGCAUACCCAUCCUCAUUUGCAUACCCACCUCAUUUGCAUGUCCACCCUCAUUUGCAUGUCUACCCUCAUUUGCGUGCAACUCCUCAUUUGCAUACCUGCCCUUAUUUGUAUACGUUGACCUUAUUUGUACAUGUGACCUUAUUUGUACAUGUGACCUUAGUUACCUGCCUGACCUUAUUUGCAUAUGUGGCCUUACUUAUGUAUGUGCCCUCAUUUGCAUACAUGCCCUGAUUUGCA